AUGGCUGAAACAAUUGUUAAGGUUUUGGUGGGUAUCAUAGUGGUGGUAGUGGCAGGUGCAGGGGCUACUCCCCCUGGAAUUGCCAAUAAUCCUAGCCAUGCCAGCUGCAAUAUAAAGAAGUACAAGCAUUGCUAUAAUUUAGUGCAUGUAUGCCCUAAGUUUUGCCCUGAUCAGUGUACAGUGGAGUGUGCUUCUUGCAAACCCAUUUGUGUUGGGACUGCCAACCCUCCACCUUCAUCUCCUUCUACACCACAGAAUCCACCACCCUCAACACCUUCUACACCACAAAAUCCACCACCUUCAUCUCCUUCUACACCACAGAAUCCACCACCCUCAACUCCUUCUCCACCACAGAAUCCACCACCCUCAUCACCUUCUACACCACAAAAUCCACCACCCUCAACUCCUUCUACACCACAAAAUCCACCACCUUCUACACAAGACAAUCCACCACCCUCAACUCCAACAACUCCUUCUACACCAAAGAAUCCACCACCCUCUCCUUCUACACCAGAAAACCCACCACCCUCAACUCCUUCUACACCAAAAAAUCCACCACCCUCGACUCCUUCUACACCACAGAAUCCACCACCCUCAUCUCCAACUACCCCUUCUACGCCUCAGAAUUCACCACCUUCAUCUCCAACUCCUCCUACCCCUUCUCCACCUGAGAACCCACCACCUUCAUCUUCAACUCCUACUCCUGCAAAUCCCCCACCAUCAUCAUCAACGCCUUCUCCAACAACUCCAUCACCAUCAACACCUCCCAGUACUAAUCCUCCUCCCACGUUGCCAAGAACAGCAACAUGCAGGAACAAAAACUACUCUAAGUGUUACAACAUGGAACAUGUUUGUCCCAACGCCUGCCCCCGUGGCUGUGAGGUUGAUUGCGUCACUUGCAAACCAGUUUGCAAGUGUGACAGACCAGGAGCUGUUUGCCAAGAUCCUCGAUUCGUUGGUGGCGAUGGAAUCACUUUCUACUUCCAUGGCAAGAAAGACAGAAACUUCUGCCUCGUAUCCGAUCCCAACCUCCACAUAAACGGCCACUUCAUAGGCAGAAGAAACAACAACAUGAAGAGAGACUUCACUUGGGUCCAAUCCAUAGCUAUUCUCUUUCACAAUCACCAACUCUUUGUUGGGGCCCUCAAAACAGCCACAUGGGAAGACCACAUAGACCGUCUUCAACUCAUCUUAGAUGGUCAACCCAUCACCCUACACCAAUCAGAAGGUGCCACGUGGACAUCCUCUACUGUUCCUAAAGUCUCCAUUGUUAGGACCACUUCUACAAACACUGUCCUUGUGGAAGUUGAAGGGAGAUUAAGGGUCACAGCCAAGGUUGUCCCCAUAACAGAAGAAGACUCUAGAAUCCACAACUAUGGAAUUACCAAAGAGGAUUGUUUUGCCCACCUUGAUCUUGGUUUUAAGUUCUUCACUCUGAGCAAUGAAGUGAGUGGUGUGUUGGGGCAAACGUACAAAGCUAAUUAUGUGAGCCGCGUGGAUGUUGCGGCAAACAUGCCUGUCAUGGGAGGUGGGAAAGAGUUUGAAACCACCACCUUGUUCUCCCCAGACUGUUCAGUGUCUCGAUUCAUUGGUAAAAAUGAAUUGACUGAAGGAGAUAGCUUCAUUAUUUGAACAGGGACAAGUGCAUCGAUCAUGGGAUAACUUUAAUCAGAGUUUUUGUUUUCCUUUAUAUCGUGAAUUAUUACCAAAACAUGAAAUAACUUUGAUGAUGGUGUA